AUGGCCCCAAUUGAGACUUUUGCGGCCAUGCUCGCUCUGGCGAGCAGCGCCCGCGCGGCACCCUUUGUGCCGCAAUGGACUGCGUCGCAAUGGACGACAACCGUCUACUCAGAGCCCACCCCCACGCCGUCGCCUUAUGCUAUCUCUCACCACAAUGUGACCUCCCAUGGCCCCUAUACCGGGCCGCCAGCCACCACUACCGGUGCACUCUCCACCAGCGUCAUAGCCUCGUCAAUCCCCCCUGCGCCGCCCGCCCCUCAGAUUGUCAACUAUCCGGCCGACGGCAAGCUCCACGGCGACCAGCCGCUGCCUUUCACUCCCAGCGGCGGCAUCGGCACCAAUGGCUCGGUGCCCAUGUACAAAGUGGCCAGCGACUUCGACUACCAGUCUCUGGCCCUGGCGCUCUACCACGAAUGGAUCGAGCUGGACCUCUUCCACUGGGGGCUCGCCACCUUCUCGGACGAGGAGUUUGACGCCUACGGCAUCAACGCCGAGGACCGCUUCCUGCUGCAGCACAUGGCCGACCAAGAGAUCGGCCACGCCUCGGUGAUUGCCAACAUGCUCGGCCCCAACGCGCCCAAGCAGUGCACGUACAACUACCCCGUCUCCAACGUGGCGGAGUACAUCGACUUCAACCAGAAACUCACCCGCUGGGCCGAGGCCGGCGUGUACGGCUUCCUGGGCCACCUCAACUCGGGCCCGGCGGCCACGAUGCUGCUGCAGAGCAUCACGGUCGAGGCGCGCCAGCAGCUCAUCUUCCGCCAAUUCGGCGGGCAGUUUCCCAUGCCGGAGUGGCACACCCCGGGGAUCCCACAGAGCUGGGCGUGGACCUUGCUCGCGCCGUACAUCAGCUCCUGCCCGUACAACCAGACCCGGCUGGUCUGGCAGAACUUCCCGGCGCUCUACAUCCUCAACCAGCCCAACCCGGCGCGCAUCAAUGGCUCCGCCGCCUGGAACGAGACCACGGGCGGGUACGCCAACUCGCUGUCGACCGCGGGCAUCCCGGCGGACCAGCUGUGCGCCAACGCGUCGACGCCCGGCAUGGACUGCCCGGCCGCGGUGUCCAACAACCGGUCGCUGCCGCUGUCCUACCCGGGCCGGCAGGUCUUCCUCAAGUGGGACGCGCCCGGCCGGCUGGUCGGCCCCAACAACAGCUACGUGACGUCGACCAACGUGGCGCAGCCGCGGUUCGCCGCCUGGCUGUCGCAGCUCAACGUCACGUACACGCCGCUGCUGAACGUCAGCGCGCAGGACCGCACCGCCUACACGAUCCAGCCGGACGUGUCCACCUGGAAGGGCGACCCGGCCGUCAACGGCACCAUGUUCAUGGCGCUGACCGACGUGGAUUUGUUUGUCACGCCGUACAACGUCAGCUUGAUCAAUCCGCAUGUGGCCGCGCUGGCGGUUUACCAGGCUGGUUGA